AUGACGAUACGCAUUCUGAGCCUCAAUAGUUCGAAGAAACAAGUAAACAGUGUCACCCGUGUCCUCACGAACUGGCGAAAAUUACCAAGGAAUGCCAAACAAUGGAACCAAGCCGGUCGAAAACAAUUUUCCACCGGCCAGAAGUUCCACAAAGAAGCUAAACAAGUCGCUGAAAUUCGGGGUACCCCCUACUCGAAUUUGACUAUCGGAAUACCGAAAGAAGUCUGGCAAAAUGAGAAAAGGGUGUCAGUAUCUCCUGCCGUGGCAGACGUUCUGUCGAAAAAAGGUUUCAGCGUGAACAUCGAAGAAAAUGCUGGAGUUUUGUCGAAAUUCAGAAACGAAGACUACGAAAAGGCUGGAGCUAAAAUCGUCGAUGCUCAAAACGCUUUUGCAGCAGACAUUGUCUUAAAAGUGAGACAACCGUUGGACCAAGAAGUUGAAAAAUUCCGGGAAAACUCCACUCUCAUUUCCUUCCUGUUCCCCGGAAUGAACGGAAAACUCGUCGAUAGAUUGGCCGAUAGAAAAAUCAAUGCAUUUGCAAUGGACUGCAUCCCCCGAAUUACUAGAGCCCAAGUCUUCGACGCGCUCAGCUCAAUGGCCAAUAUAUCCGGUUACAGGGCAGUAGUCGAAGCCGCCAAUCACUUCCCCAGAUUCUUCUCAGGACAAAUCACCGCCGCUGGGAAAGUACCGCCCGCGAAAAUCCUAAUUAUAGGAGGCGGCGUUGCCGGUUUAGCCGCCAUCGGACAAGCCAAAAGCAUGGGGGCUAUCGUCAGAGCUUUCGAUACAAGAUCCGCCGUUAAAGAACAAGUCGAAUCUUUGGGAGCUGAAUUCCUAACAAUCAACAUUAAAGAAGAAGGAGGAACGUCGGGUGGAUACAGCAAGGAAAUGUCGAAGGAAUUCAUCGAAGCCGAGCACGCUUUGUUCGCCAAGCAAUGCAAAGAAGUGGAUGUCAUCAUAUCGACUGCUUUAAUACCGGGGAAAAAAGCGCCAGUUUUGAUAUUGAAGGAACACAUCGAAUCGAUGAAACCCGGCAGCGUCGUCGUGGAUUUGGCGGCAGAAAUGGGUGGAAACAUCGAAACGACCAAGCCCGGCCAAAUUUACAGUUACAACGAUGUCGUGCACGUUGGUAUUACGGAUUUCCCCAGCAUGUUGCCCACGCAGAGUUCCACGCUCUACGCCAACAACAUUUCCAAGUUUCUACUAUCGAUGGGUGAAAAGAACCAUUUCAACAUCAACUUAGAAGACGAAGUGGUCAGAGGAAGCAUCGUUUUGGAGAAAGGAAAAUUGAUGUGGCCGCCGCCGCCCCCCAAAGUAGCCCCCGUCGUCGCCGCUUCGCCUUCGCAAAAAGACGCGGAAACCAUAAAGGCCGUUAUCAAAGAAAUAUCUCCGUUCAGAACGCACCUAAACAACUCCUUGAUGUUAACCGCAGGUGUCGGUUCGCUGGUAGGAUUAGGCGUGAUCUCGCCAAACCCGGAAUUCACUUCCAUGCUGACUGUACUGGGUUUGUCGGGCAUCAUCGGAUAUCAUACAGUGUGGGGCGUUCAGCCUGCGUUGCACUCGCCCCUAAUGUCGGUAACUAACGCUAUAUCCGGAAUAACAGCAGUAGGAGGAUUGUUGUUGAUGAACGGCGGUUAUUAUCCUACAAAUUCUGUCGAGGCGUUAGCAGCAGCUGCGGCGUUUAUUUCCUUUAUUAACGUUUUUGGUGGAUUCUUGGUUACCAAGAGGAUGCUGGAUAUGUUCAGAAGGCCAGGCGAUCCGAAGGAGUACAAUUCGCUGUACGCGAUUCCUGCAGCAGCUUUCCUGGGAGGUUACGGAUGGGCCACCAUGAACGGUCUAGCCGAGGUCCACCAAGCUGCCUAUUUGGCUGCCUCGCUGUGCUGCGUCGGCGCUUUGGCCGGUCUUAGCUCACAGACUACAUCGAGAAUAGGAAAUAACUUAGGAAUUAUAGGUGUGACUGGUGGAAUAGCCGCUACCCUAGGACAAAUAGCGCCUUCCAACGAAGUGCUGGCUCAAAUGGCAGCCUGCGUUAUAGCUGGCGGUGGUAUCGGCACGUUGAUAGCCAAAAGAAUACAAAUUACCGAUUUACCUCAACUCGUCGCCGGUUUUCACAGUUUGGUAGGUUUGGCGGCUGUAUUGACGUGCAUCUCGACGUUCAUGCACGAUUUUCCGACGUUUGCGACGGAUCCCGCCGCUGAUGUAGUCAAAACUGCUCUAUUCUUAGGCACUUACAUAGGAGGAGUAACAUUCAGUGGAUCUUUAAUCGCCUAUGGCAAACUACAAGGCGUAUUAUCAUCGAAUCCUCUCCUUCUGCCCGGCCGCCACGCUUUGAAUUCUAGUCUUUUAUUAGCUAACGUGGGUGCAGGUGCUUACUUGUUCUAUGAUCCAUCGCUGAUGGGAGGUCUCGGUGCUCUUGGUACCACCGCCGCAUUGUCUUCGGUAAUGGGCGUUACUUUGACUGCCGCCAUCGGAGGUGCAGACAUGCCUGUAGUUAUUACUGUGUUAAACAGCUACUCGGGUUGGGCUCUUUGCGCCGAAGGAUUCAUGCUCAACAACAAUCUGAUGACUAUUGUAGGCGCUUUGAUAGGUUCUUCUGGUGCCAUAUUGUCGUACAUCAUGUGCAAAGCAAUGAACAGAUCUCUUCCUAACGUCAUCCUCGGCGGUUACGGAACAUCCAGCACGGGUACCGGUAAGCCGAUGGAAAUCACCGGUACUCACACCGAAAUCAACAUAGACACCGCCACGGAGGCCAUUAAAAACGCCCGGAACAUCAUCAUAGUGCCCGGAUACGGCUUGUGCGUGGCCAAAGCGCAAUACCCCAUCGCCGAAAUGGUCAGCAAGUUGAAAGAGGCCGGAAAGAAUGUUCGAUUUGCUAUACAUCCAGUGGCAGGUCGCAUGCCGGGUCAGCUCAACGUACUUCUAGCAGAAGCGGGAGUCCCUUAUGACGAUGUGCUCGAGAUGGACGAAAUCAACGAAGAUUUUCCAGAAACAGAUCUCGUUUUGGUCAUUGGAGCCAACGAUACGGUUAACAGCGCCGCUAUCGAAGAUCCCAACUCGCCCAUAGCAGGUAUGCCCGUAUUGAAUGUCUGGAAGGCGGAACAGGUGAUAGUUAUGAAGAGGUCGCUGGGAGUCGGUUAUGCUGCUGUGGAUAAUCCAGUUUUCUAUAAACCUAAUACUUCGAUGCUGCUGGGAGAUGCAAAGAAAACUUGUGAUCUACUGCUGGCUAAGGUCGCUGCGAAUUAG